UUGCUAUGCUGAUGCGCUAACCUAUAACUUGUCUCGAUCGUCUCCUUCGCGCAAGAGCCGCGCGCAGCAUUCCGCAAAGAUCGCCAGAAACACCUCCCGCUGCCAGGGAUUGGUUUCCCCCGCCCUGUUGGACUAUCGCCGGCCGGAGGUUGAAUCGCUCGCAGAGCUCUUCGGGGCUUUCGAUCGAGUAGAGGAGGGCAGUCCAAUGCCGUCUCGUUCGUUGGAGUGGAAGCUUCCGGAGAACCAUCACAUCGACUCUCCCUUCCACUUCUUUAACGUACCAUCAGAGGAUAUCGCUCGGAACAUCGCCCGGCGAAGUAUGCUUGUAAAGGGGAUUUACGAAUUAUGGGGAGAGGGCACCACCCAUGAUGAUUUAGAAAAAGCUAUUAGAUGUUUCCCUGAUGAGAGAAAGUUGCCAUAUUUGAAACCAGAAAGCUCGUUCCGCAUUGUAAUCGACACUUUUGGCAAGGUUAUCAGCUUUGAAGAACAAAAUGUGCGCAUCCGUGGACUCAGCUACAUACCAUUCAAG